UCUUGGUUUGGCGAUUGUCGACGUCUCUUCGAUGUUAGCGAUAAUCCAUCAAUAAUCCUGAUAGGGGACCGCGAUCUUCUUGGAUUUUCGUAUGGCGACACCCUCAUUUUCACCAAUUUUGAAGGACAAAAGACUCCGUUAGCCGAUGUGCGCUUUAGUGACGUGCCUUGCGAUAUAGUGUACGAUGCGCCGUAUGUAGUUGGAUUAUUACCGAAAGGACGAGUGGAAGUGCGGUCGUUGAGUCCGCCUCAUCUGAUACAGAGCAUGGCAUUGAGUAGGGCAUCUCUUCUUUGUGUUGGGAACCCGGGCUAUGUAUUUGUCAGCAGNGUAGUUGGAUUAUUACCGAAAGGACGAGUGGAAGUGCGGUCGUUGAGUCCGCCUCAUCUGAUACAGAGCAUGGCAUUGAGUAGGGCAUCUCUUCUCUGUGUUGGAAACCCAGGCUAUGUAUUUGUCAGCAGCCCAUUUGAUGUGUGGAUGCUGGAUGCCCAUGCAAAUAUUCGCAAGAAUGUUUCUACACUCAUAUCCGACAAACAAUUUGAGUUGGCCAUCCAAGUUGUGGUAUGUCAAGGAGCCUUCAUCGUGUACUCCAAUCAUGCGAAAAAUAUGAUGUUUCUAGGAAAUGUCGAACUUCUUCACAGAGGAUAA